AUGGCAACCGCUAUUGACGUCAACAAGGAUAUCAUUCCAGGAGUUAAAUCUUCUACUAUUCAAAAUUAUAAUACAAGACCAAGAUUAACAUAUAAGACCGUUACUGGUGUAAAUGGACCAUUAGUUAUUUUAGGUGAUGUUAAAUUUCCACAAUAUGCUGAGGUCGUCCAACUUACCCUUCCAGAUGGUACUAAAAGAUCUGGUAAAGUUCUUGAAGUUUCCAAGAACAAAGCUGUUGUACAGGUAUUUGAAGGUACAGCUGGUAUUGACGCAAAAAAUACAACUUGUGAAUUUACUGGUGAUAUUCUUAGAGCACCUGUCUCUGAAGAUAUGUUAGGACGUAUUUUUAAUGGUUCAGGUAAACCAAUUGAUAAAGGACCACCAGUCCAAGCUGAAGACUACCUUGAUAUUGAAGGACAACCAAUUAAUCCACAAUGUCGUACUUAUCCAGAAGAAAUGAUUCAAACUGGUAUUUCAGCUAUUGAUGUCAUGAAUAGUAUUGCUCGUGGACAAAAAAUUCCAAUUUUCUCUGCUGCUGGUCUUCCACAUAAUGAAAUUGCUGCACAAAUUGUAAGACAAAGUGGUCUUGUAAAACUUCCAGGACGUGAACAAAAAGAUGGUGAUGAUAAUUUUGCUAUUGUUUUUGCUGCUAUGGGAGUAAAUAUGGAAAAUGCUCGUUUCUUUAAACAAGAUUUUGAAGAAAAUGGUUCUAUGGAAAAUGUAUGUCUUUUCCUUAAUUUAGCUAAUGAUCCAACUAUUGAAAGAAUUAUUACUCCAAAGAUUGCAUUAACAACAGCUGAAUUUUUAGCAUAUCAAUGUGAUAAACAUGUACUUGUUGUUUUAACAGAUAUGUCUUCAUAUGCUGAAGCUCUUCGUGAGGUUUCUGCUGCUCGUGAAGAAGUUCCUGGUAGACGUGGUUUCCCUGGUUACAUGUACACUGAUUUAGCUACUAUCUAUGAACGUGCUGGUCGUGUUGAGGGACGUGCUGGUUCUAUUACACAAAUUCCAAUCUUAUCUAUGCCUAACGAUGAUAUUACCCAUCCAAUUCCUGAUUUAACUGGAUAUAUUACAGAAGGACAAAUUUAUGUUGAUCGUCAACUUCAUAAUAGACAAAUUUAUCCACCAAUUAAUGUAUUACCAUCACUUUCACGUCUUAUGAAAUCUGCUAUUGGUGAAGGUAUGACACGUGAAGAUCAUUCUGAUGUAUCAAAUCAACUUUAUGCUUGUUAUGCUAUUGGUAAAGAUGUUCAAGCUAUGAAAGCUGUCGUCGGAGAAGAAGCUUUAUCAAGUGAUGAUUUGUUAUAUCUUGAAUUUUUAGGUAAAUUUGAGAAAAACUUUAUAUCACAAGGUAAUUAUGAUAAUCGUACAAUUUUCCAAUCUCUUGAUAUUGGUUGGCAAUUACUUAGAAUUUUCCCAGCUGAAAUGUUAAAACGUAUCCCACAAUCAACAAUUCAAAAAUACUAUGAAAGAAAAGCAUCAGUUGUCAAUUAA